UGGGCUGUGAUGCCCAUGGGGCUGACCAACUCGCCGACUACCUUCCAGGGGAUGGUAAAUUGCAUAUUGGGAGCAAUGAUCGACCGCACCUGCAGGGUGUAUCUCGAUGGCAUGCCGAGUUCUCGAAGACGGAGGAGGAACACAAAAAGCACGUCCCGGACCUUUUGGCCGGGCUACGUGUGCACAGGCUGGAGUCUCGGAAAAAGUGGAAGUUGUUCCGCCAACAGCUUUACCUCCUUGAGAUGA